AUGGCGAUAAGAACAGUGGAUUUUCGAUCAGACACAGUCACGAAACCAACUGAAUCCAUGAGAAAAGCAAUGGCCAAUGCAGAAGUGGACGAUGAUGUCUUAGGUUACGAUCCAACAGCACGAUGCCUCGAAGCAGAGAUGGCAAGAAUGAUGGCCAAAGAAGCAGGACUAUUUGUUCCUUCAGGCACAAUGGGCAAUCUUAUUAGUUUGCUCACUCAUUGCCAAAUUAGAGGUAGUGAAGUGAUUCUUGGUGAUAAUUCACAUAUUCAUGUGUAUGAAAAUGGAGGCAUUUCUACCAUAGGUGGCAUUCAUCCGAGGACAGUGAAGAACAAUGAAGAUGGUACAAUGGAUCUUGAUCUGAUUGAAGCUGCGAUUCGUGAUUCUAGCUUUGAGAUACUUUAUCCGACGACUAGGCUCAUCUGUUUGGAGAAUUCACAUGCCCAUUCAGGAGGCAGAUGCCUUUCUGCAGAGUAUACAGACCAAGUUGGAGAUCUAGCAAAGAAAUAUGGUCUGAAGUUGCAUGUUGAUGGCGCCCGUAUAUUCAAUGCAUCAGUUGCACUUGGAGCUCCCGUUCAUAAGCUUGUACAGGCUGCUGAUUCAGUUUCGGCAUGCUUAUCGAAAGGUCUUGGUGCUCCAGCUGGAUCCGUGAUUGUUGGUUCAAAGAGCUUCAUUGCCAGGGCAAAAAUAUUGAGGAAGACUCUAGGUGGUGGAAUGCGACAAAUUGGCAUUCUGUGUGCUGCUGCUUCUGUCGCUUUACAAGAAAAUUUUGUUAAGUUGGAAGGCGAUCACAGAAAGGCUAAGAUUUUGGCAGGUAACAUUUACUCCAUGCUGUAAACUGAACUUAACAAAAUCAGAUGGCUUAAAGUUGAUGCCACUGUAGAGACCAACAUUUUUUUUUUUUUUUUUAAUGGUCAUCGGGUAUAUUGUCAUAUGCAGAAGGGAUCAAAGAUCAGUAGAACAGAAUUAUGUAAGACUUUGGAACAACAUGGUCCACUUGUAUUCCCAGAAGGGCCAAUGAGGAUCAGAUUUGUUAUACACCACCAAAUUUCAGAAAGUGAUACGCACUAUGCUGUCUCUUGCCUUCAGCGAGCUUUGGCCGGAGUGAAAAAAGAAAAUGGUGACAUAUAG